UCGCUGUCGGGCUGUCUACGAGGUUCGCUAUGAGGUCGCAAAGCUCUGGUAUCUGUUGGCUGACCGAGGUCUGUAACGUUGCAGGUGUUCUUGGUAUCAAAGUCAAGAUUAUGUUGCCCUGGGACCCAAGUGGGAAGAUCGGCCCCAAGAAGCCCCUUCCUGAUCACGUCAGCAUCGUGGAGCCCAAAGAAGAGAUCCUCCCGACCACCCCGAUCUCCGAGCAGAAAGGAACCAAGCCCGAGCAGCAGCCGCCGCAGCCUCCUGCCAUGCCCCAGCCUGUGCCCACCGCAUAAGUAA